AUGGACAAUGUUUCGUACCAUUCUCGGCGGUUGGAAGCAGUGCCAACGACGGGUUCCCGGAAGGAGGUGAUCCAGCAGUGGCUCACGUCAAAGGACAUCUCGUGGGAUGCCAAGAUGCAGAAGAAGCAGCUCCUUGACAUCGUGGCGUCGGUCAAGCCACUGUAUUUGAAGUAUCGCGUCGAUACUACUGCAGAGAAGGCUGGUUGUACGGCAGUGAGACUUCCACCCUACCACUGUGAGUUCAACCCCAUUGAACUCAUCUGGGCACAGAUCAAGAACGGCGUUGCAGCCAGGAACACAACGUUCAAGAUCAGCGACGUUGAAAGGCUGCUCAAGGAAGAAGCCGAAAAGGUCACGGCUGACAACUGGCGCAAUGCUGUGAGGCAUGUCGUUGGAGUGGAGGAAGGCUACAGACGAGGCGGUGCUGCAAGUGCCCAUGUAGAGCCGAUCGUCAUCGAACUGGGUGAAGACGACACAUCUGAGAGCGACCUGUCUGGUGUGGAGCCGCUCGAGGAAGCGUGA